UUUGCUCCGUCGUCGAACGAGGUUCACCGUGAAUCUUUUACUCGGGUUUGCCAUUAUUAUUUUAUAAAUAAUCAUACAAACAACAAGACACUCGUUUACAGUGACUUUUCUCGUCGAUUUUCGGACUGUAAACAAUCACGAGUAUCAAGACCUCUUGCGCUCUAUCACUCGCGGUAUAAAUUCAUUUAAUAUUCAUACACGAAUAUUAAAACGCGGAAGGAUCAAACGUCGCGUGGUUUCACAUUUAUUGCUAAUCAUGCACGAAAAUUAGUGUCGUCGGUGCUUUUUCGUUACGGUUCGUUGCUUUCGGUCUAGUGCCUGUGUCUGUGGCUCGAUUCAGUGUUCAACGAGGAAUUUUAGUGACUAUUACACAUGCAGCAGUAUAAUAUUGAUAUUAGCUGUCAAAUAAGUGGAAUUGAGUGAUAAUAGAAAAAAUUUAUAAUUGUAAAAAAAUACAUGAAAUACGUGUACGUGAAUUUGUAAUCAUGCAGUCGAAUUCAUUCGGCUCUUGGAGCCUCGAAGUUGUCACGUUGUAAAUUGACAGAUUUUUCGUGUUUUCGAACAGUGUGCCGUGUGAUUAUCCCACCGCAGAAUCCUUCGAUCAUUCGGCUCCUUUUUUGUUCGAUUUUUAGUCGAUUAAAAACUCGUACGUAAUACGAUCUCGGACUGGUGCGGAAAGUAAACGAUAUUGAAGGGGAACAAACACGAGGAGUGUAAUAGUGACGUUUUUUGAAGUGCCAACACGUGAAGCUCUUCGCCGAUCGAUUGACGUGUACGGCGUGCGAAAGUUUGCCCCUUUUCCACCGCUCAAGAGCACCUUUCUUCACCCUUCGAGUUUUUCGUCACUGUCUUAGCUUAUCGGAGUUUUCUCAAACUUUAAUGGAAUUUAUGAUCGUAAUCGCACCAUAAAACGCAGUCGUUAUCAGGCCGAUCGACAUUUACGCGUGUGCGUGUGUUUAUGUUUAUUUUCUCAAUUUCUCGCCUGAGAUCAAGUACCCGGCGAUUCUUCACAUCGAGUGACAAUUUUUUUGUUCCGUUUGCUUUUUUUUUGAUACCCCCUGGAAUUCGGGUACUUGGCCGUUCGUGGCGCUACUUGACGCCCACCUCCCACGUCGCCGGCUCGCCGACAAUUUUUCCCUCGGAAAAAAUUCGAUCCACGUGAUUAUCCCUCGUCUGUUGUGUGUUUUGGUUUCGUGAAAAGCUUUCCGUCACGAAUAAAUAUCGAGUUUGUACGUGUUUUGUACUUUUAACAACGUCUGACGAGUUUGUUUAUGUCGAAAAUUCGGGCAAUCCGUAAAUAUACGAGGACUAAACCGGCGAUUCGGUGACUCCGUCGUUCUUCUUUUGUUUUUCGUUGCGUUUGAUUUUUCAAUUGAAAACGCAACAGCGGGCGAGCGAAUGACUUUUUUAAAAUCACGCAAUUCCGUCGCUACGACGACAAACGUCAAUGCGUGGACGGUACGAAAGUGUUUUUAGCCGGGUGGCGAUAUUUCGAAUGUUUUCCAUCAAUUAUAACCGGGAAUCGAACGACAGGUUCGCGGAUGGUCGGUAUCGCUGGAUCGACCAAACGAAAAUGUGCUAAUACGCCCAAUCCGGGGGGGCACUCGUGACGUCAACCGAACCCAUUUUAUUUAUCUUUCUUUUACCUUCGCUCCCGCCACAACGGUCGUUUGUUCGGGUGGAAAAGGCAUUUUUCAUUCUCUAAUUCUCGUGGUUAAACUCUAUUGAAGAAGCGAGACUGGAACGGUGAAAAAUAAUCGCUUUAAUACGAUCGAAGCGAGUCUCGGUGUCGCGUUUGUGGAUUAUUCGUGCGUCGAUUCAAACACGUUAUUCAUGUUUUUGUGCUUCCUCUUGAGUGCUCGCGCGUGACAGUGCAUCUCCGACUAACCAAUUGCCGAUUUUCGUGCCCGAACAAAGCUAAGAAAUAGGGAACAGUGCUUCGACGAACGAACAACUAAAAUUCUCUUUUUCCUUCGUUAUUGUGGAUAAUCGUGUGAAUAAUGCUGGCUACGAGGACGAUCAACUCCCGAGACCGGUUGUCCAACGUUUUCAAUAUGGAAAGGCUGCUCGUGAUCGCAAUCCUCUUCGUCUCCUCAGCUCAAGGAGAGACGAGGCAGUACUUCAGAGUAAAGCCUGUCAACAGUUCGGUCCAGGAAGGCGACGACGUCAUGAUCCCCUGUGUCGUCGGCGAUCGCGCUGGAAUAGUCCAGUGGGUCAAGGACGGUUUCGCUUACGUCGUUCAAAACGAUGGGACGAUCGCCGGACACCAGCGACUGCGACUGGUUGGUGACCAAAACACAGGUGUUUACAAUCUCACGAUAUCGAACGCGUCGCUGACCGACGACGGCGAAUAUCAGUGUCAGGUUGGACCGCUGCUCCGCAUCAAAGCAAUCCGAGCCAAUGCCCAUCUCGUCGUCAUAUCGCCGCCUCAAAAGGUCGAGAUCAGCAGCCACCCGGACAAGGCAAAAAUCGAGGUUAACGUGGGCGAGUCGCUACGUCUCGACUGUGCAGUGAGAUAUGCCAAACCCGCAGCCACGAUAGUCUGGUAUCGUGGAAACUCGCAGAUCAAAGGAGGCGACACAAGCGUCACGCCAAUUUCCAUUGAAGAUGACAAAGAACUGGUCAAGCCAGGCGAGCUGAGGAAAACAUUGCUCAAAUACGACACCCAUGGAUCGAUUACGAUAACGCCAACGCAGGACGACGACGAGACUGAUUACACCUGCGAUGCUAGACAUCCCGCGAUUAAAGUUGGAAGGCCCAUGAGAGCGACGGUCAAACUCUCAGUUUUCUAUCCCCCCGGAACUCCCUACAUCGAGGGAUACACGGAAGGCGAAGUUAUUCAGCGCGGACAUCAGGUCGAGUUGGUUUGCAGAUCGAGGGGCGGGAACCCCCCGGCUCAGAUAGUCUGGUUCCGUAACUCGGAGAGCCUCAACACCGUUUAUCGUACCGAGGGCAGACUAUCCGAAAGUACGUUGUCUUUUACGGCGCGCGCCGAGGACGAUAAAGCCAGAUACAGAUGCGAGGUCUCGAAUGUCAUGACCCUGUCGCCGAUGAAUGUGCACGUGGAUCUGACCGUUUUGUUCUCACCGGUCGAUGUUAAAAUAACCGGAGCGUCCGAGGCGAAAGCCGAGCAGGAAGUAACGACCGUUUGCACCACUGCCAAGUCGAAUCCACCUGCGGACAUCAAGUGGACCGUCGGUGGCGUUAAUUUCAGUAACAGCACGCAGAGAACUGUGCCGGCGACCAACGGCGGCUGGAUCACAACGUCGAACGUCACGUUCACGAUAAGCAAGGAAGUACGACGCGUCGUUGUUAUUUGUCACGCGAUGAACGCGAGAAUCGGCACUACCGUCACCGGCACGCACAUCGUUAACGUUAUUUAUCCGCCUACUGCUCUCGACAUAAUUGGGUUUGAUCAGCACACAAACAUCGACGCCGGUGCUAUUUUGAGACUGACGUGCACUGCCAUCGCUGGAAAUCCUCCUGCGUCACUCACCUGGUACAAGAACGACAGAAACAUUUCUGGGACAACGAAAUUUCGAGACGAAGUUGCCUCGAACGAAGUGGAAAUUCUCGUAAAUGCGUCGGACAACAAUGCGAAAGUUAGAUGCGAGGCGGUCAAUUCUGCCACUGUUGUUCCAAUGAGCCGUGAACUCGUGCUCCGCGUGAAUUUCCCACCAGCCAAAGUUAAAAUAACUCACGAGCCAAAGGAAUUUCGGGCUGGCCAAGUCGGCCGAAUAAUCUGUGAAUCGAGCAGCAGCAAUCCACCGGCUCACAUGACAUGGUUCAACCAUGGACAGGCGCUCGAGAGCACGAGGAAUAGCACCAAAGUCGCUGAACACGGGGGUGCCAUUUCGAGAGUCGAAUUAAGGUUGGACUUGACCGAAAAUAUGAACGGUGACAUUUACACGUGUGAAGCCAAGAAUAUCCAGAUGCAGAGGGCGAGCCUCGACGCCACGACGCUCAAUGUUCUCUACAAACCGAAAUUCGAGACGUUGGAGGCGAACGAGUUGAUAGGGAUGGAAGGUGAGCCCUACGUCAUAUCAGUUUCGGCCAAGGCGAAUCCGUCGGACGUAAAUUACACGUGGACGAGGGAUGGUUUGCCGUUGAGCACCGAUAAAAACAUACGAAUAACGGCGCGUAGCGCGACUCUCAAUAUAACGAGAUUGGUUCGCACCGAUGCCGGAACUUACAUUUGCGAGGCAACCAACAAAGAGGGAACAACAUUUUAUCAACUAAAUUUGACGGUGCAAUACGCUGCCGAAAUAAAAAGAACAUCGAAAAGCGAUUUGGUGUACCCACCAAACCAGGAGGCCAAAUUGUUCUGCGAAAUAGACGGCAGCCCGAUCGGUGACGAAUACGUCACCUGGUUCAAAGAUGGCACUAACUCCGAACUCGCUGUUCGAUAUUCAACCUCCUUCGCCAACAAAACCUCCUACCUUCAUAUUGAAAAUCCUGGACAAGAGGACGUCGGCCAAUAUCGCUGCAAUGUCAACAAUGGAAUUGGAAACGUUACCUCAGAGCCUAUUCUCUUCAUAACUAAUUUUGAGCCUGUGAUGAUGAACACGCCCCUGACGAGAAAAGCUGCGGCCACCAAAGGGGACAGUGUCAAGCUCUACUGUAAAGCACGAGGUUCUCCAAUGCCGAAGUUCAUUUGGAUGUUCGGUUCGAAAACGUUGUCUAACGUAGGGACCCAGAAAUACGAGAUCGUCUACAGCAACAUAUCGAAGCUCGAAGCUCAAUCGACGAUGACGGUGCAUCACGUGAACUCGAAAGAUUACGGGAAAUACGUUUGUCAAGCUCGAAACAAAAUGGGACACUCGAGCGACGAAAUACAUUUGAACGUAACUUCGCCCCCCGAUCAACCGAGCGAUCUCGAGGUUUUCAAUGUGACCCACGAUUCGGUUACGCUCAUAUGGAAGCGUGGUUUCGACGGCGGUUUGAAUACCUCCCAUCAAAUUCGCUGGCGACAAGCACUCGAUAACGAAGACCGUUACUAUUACAUGGACAUCAGUCCUGGAAAUUAUACGGCUCUCGUUUCCGGCCUGAAACUCGGAACGUAUUAUGUUUUCAGUAUAAAAGCCAUCAACGCCAAAGGCGAAAGUCGUUUUCUACCGGAUGUGGUCAAGGUCCAAACGUUACGCGAGGCGCCACCAACACAGUUACCGACGAGCGAGAUUAACUCAUCAUACAUCAUCGUCAUAAUCAUCGCUGUAUCUGCCUGCGCUUGUCUCCUCAUUGCUACGCCCAUUGUCUAUGCCACAUUAAAGUCGAUAAAGAAGGCCCAGCGCUCUGGCAUAAAUAAAUCACAGACUGCGGACAUGUACGCGCCAUCAACCGUCAACGGGGACACGAUGACCGGUGAAUUAAGUUCAGUCUCGGACGAGAAGAGCGACGUUAACUUCGACGCAAACGAUUACGUGGACGAGGGAAGGAAGACAGCGGCCAGUACAUAUUUAAUAGAUCAGAGUAUACAGGACUUUGGUAAAAGUAGCCUCGAGAUGCAGGUUCAUCAUCAGGGCACGCUUGGCCGCCGGAGUAAUCACGUUCCUGGUGUUAUAAAUAUGGAUUCGCCACCCCAAAGGACCACAGCCAGUGGGACACUCUCUGUUUCGAAAUCGAGUUACAUCGGGAAUCCCAGUCCGGCCCCACCGACAGACGUAAACUUUUACAGUGUGGAGAUGGACAGUGGUCGCUAUAUGGGAUAUGAGGGAAACCCAAGCCCGGCACCGGUGAUGAUGGAUCCCGGUCCGGGCGCGUACUAUCCAUCGUUGGUAGUGGGACACCAGGGGGGAGUGGUACAGCAGCAGCAGCAGCAUCACGUUGGUCAGCAUCAGGGGAUUACGGGAGGCGGAACAUUGACGAGAAAUCGGACGUUACCGCGUCCUGUGCCCCCCCCAGACGUCACUGUUAUGACUGCCGGAACAAAGUCACCGAUACCACCAUCGGUACCCCCCCCGCCAGUUACAUUUGCACGUGCGGGCCCCAUCCCCGUACAUUCCCACGGGCAUCCAUUGUCAACUUUCACCUCGACGCCGACGUACUCCGACAUUGACGGACAUCUCGUUUGAGCCGGGCCUGCUGGAGUUUGCGUCGUCGAAUCGCCGUCGAUACGUGACCUCGUCGAUACCUCGAGAGUUCACGGUGUAACGAGAAUCGAGAAAACAACCCGUUUGUAAAUUACCGCUCGAUCAUAUUCGCAAAGCCAUUUGUGGAUUGGGUAGAAAGCUUAAAAUGGCAUUGAGGCUCGAUAAUCGACGAUAAAACUGUGCAAUUUUCGGCUGGCCCAUUGGCGAGGUUCUCGGAGCGGAGCAGAGAGAGGAAAGAGAGAAAGAAAGUUCGAGAAGACAAUCCUUAUCGGUGAAUCUCCUGAUCGGAGCACGGUCGAUCCAAAGCCUGAGCACAAGCGACGAAGGGAAAUAAAAAGUUUGGAAAUAACUGAAACGAAAGAAGGGAGAAGAACAGGGUGCGUGGAUCGAGCCAGCUCGCUCUUUCUAUUUCGUAUCUCAUUCUUUUUGUAUUUUUUAUUUCAAUAUUUGCAACGGUGAUACGUGAAAACUCCUACGAUACUCAGCCCCAAGAGGGGAUUUAAAAACGUUUUAAUUGUACAUAUUAAUCAUAAUAGACGUCAAUAAUAUGUAAAUAAAGUACACGAACUUAACCGUCUGCGUGUAAUAAUCAUUGAAAUAAAGCAUCUUCGAAACGGAGCGAGGACGAUACCUUCGAGCGCGGUUUCGUUAAAGCGUCGCUGAGGCCCCCGAAAUCGAGACAAUCACGAUAUUCCACGUACGCGUCUGACUCCCGUGGACAGAGUGACUAGUGCUUUUUUUGUUAUUCGUGAUGUUCUAAGGGCCCUUUUAAAAUAUAAUAUGUGAGUGCGUCAACGUUUCAAGGAGGACGAACGACGAUUAUGAGAAAACGCACAAUCAGCGCCCCCGUGAGGCUCACGAGUGCGACAGAAUAUUCGAAAUCUCCUUGAAUCGUCAACCGAGUACGAGCGCGUUAUUCCUGUAACGUUAUGCCAAUGAAAAUAGAGACAAAUUUUAGAUUUAACGUGACACAUUUGCGUGAGCGAUUUAUCGAAAAUAUUUAUUGCGUUUUAGUUUACAUCUUUGAAAUGCUACGAACACACGUUUCUUUGCUUUGCUCUACGAAAUUCGAUGCUUGGAGGAUCAGGCAACACGAGAAUCUCAGACAGAAAUUCUGCGUUCAAUCGAUUGCUCCGAAAGAACGAAAUAAAAACACGUGUGACCCCGCAAAAGGGACGUUUCAUCGAUGCAAGCUUGAGCGUCAUAAAUAUUUUCGUUUCUCUUCGUUCCAGUGCUUCUAAGGGUUUCAUCUCUCACUGAUUUUGUAUUAUUGCAAUUGAUUUACGAUCAUUGCUUCUGAUAUGAUUUUUCACGAGGGUGCGAGGAUUAAAUAAUGAAAUAUUUAUACGUCCCGUACUGUAUAUUCUCGGCACUCCAAAAGUAAAUUCAUAUAUGGAUCAUAUGAGGGUCUCACUAUUAUGUACGAAUAGGUUUAAAACGGUAAAACAAAAUGAGUGAAGGGAAAGGAAGAGAGCAAGUGAAAGGGAGAGAAAAAAUUGGAAGGAAAAAAAGAAGGAGACGAACGCGAUGAAAUAUAGUAGGGCAUCUAAAAAAAAAAUACCACUGUAAUGUACGUGUACAUUCGAGAAUUAUUCGCGUUAUUGGAAUGAGACGUGUUUCCGUUUUGUCGAAAGCCUAAGUAGUUGAACGUAUAUUUUUGCAACUAAAUGCAACCAAAAACACACUCAAAUGGAAAAAAAAAAAGAAAGAAAUGAAAAAAAAAAACCAAGAAACAAAAGCGUGAACGCGCGCGAAGACGAAACGUAGAGCAAACGGAGGGACACUAAUGCGUCAUCGAAUCAUCAAUAUACACUGACACAUCCACACGCACACGCUCACACGUACAUGUUUCGUCUAUUAUACGAAUACUCUCGACGCUUCGAAUGAAAAAACGAAUUGUUCGCCUCGAUUAUUUCAAACAUUAGAAAAUUAAAUUCCAAGCAAUUUUGUAUUUCCCCCUGCAAGAAUCCUCGUGAAAUAUUCACAAAGAUUUCAAGUUUGUGCAUUUUUUCCAAAUUUCCCAAUUUCCACGAUACUUGAGAAAAAAGAAAAAGAAAAAAAUCCCGAACAAGAGAAAAAAUAAUAAUUUAAUCAGAGACCUCUGUUUAAUGCCGAACGAAAACCAUGCUUUCUCGAAUGCGUUGAGGCAAAAUUAGCAAAAUACCAGCAAAUUCGUAUUAUCCGAGGCUCGAGAGUAUUGUUGGAAAGUUUUAAUCGAUAUAAUGUUUACGUAGCGUAUGCCAUUGUUAUUUGAUUAUUGCAAUGAUUUGUUAAAUUAGAAAGAGAAACAGAAAAAUAAGAUCUACAAGCUUAUGAACGCCGUAUAUUGUUAAAAAAUAAUAAUAAUUAAUAAUAAUAAUAAUUAUUAUAAUAAUGCUGUUGUGUGUGGAGCCGCACAGAUCGGCUUAGACUGAUAUGAUGAUAAAAGAAAUUCACGUAUGCUCAAUUAGAGAACAUGUUCGCGCAUAAUUAAGAAUUCUAUUUACAUAUACAUGUUUUAUAUUUGUAAUUAAAAAAUUACCUAUACCUAUUGGAUUAGCACAUGUGUAUAUAUAAAUAUACAUAAAUAUCUAUACACACGUACACACACACACACACACACGCACACAAACCCACACAUAAAAUUCGAGGGAAAAAGAUCGGUAGGAAAAAAAGUAAUGAGAAAGAUCGAGAAGAAGCUCGAGGAAGCACAUACAAAGAUAAGAAAAAAUAAAACAAAACGAAACAUUAUUAGAUUAUGUAAUCUCCAAAGUAUUUGCUCAUCAAAGUGGUAGACACGUUAAGACGGACAGAUAUUCGUCCUGGAUGAAGAAAUAAGAAUGCAGGACGGGGGGGGGAAGAUAAAAAAGACAAAAACAAGAAAAAAUUAUAUAUGGUACCUCGGAGAUGGACAUAGCAUCUGGAGUGGCACGAUAUUUGGAUAUUUUACAAUGAUAACGAAUAUUAAAAAAGACAAAAAAAAAAAAAACAAACAACUCAUAAAUUCCGUUGAUUAUUCUAAGGCAUAGUCAAUCCUAAUUAUACAAUCAUUAAAAAUAUGGGAAAUAAUGAUAUAUAAGAAGAAAAAUUAAAAAGAACAAAAAAUGGAAAAAAAAUAAAUAAAUAAAUCAAUAAAGAUAAUCGUUUGAAAUGUAUAUAGUGUAAAUAUACAUUUAGAUAGAUAUGGAAAUUGAAUUUAACGAAAAUGAGGGGGAUGUAAGAAUGACGUUGGAAAAAAUGAUAACGAAGUAGAGAAAUGAUUUUGGAUCGAGAGAGUGGUGAUGAGGGGGGGGGGGGGGGAGGAAGGGGGAAAGAGAUAAGGAAUAAGAGAAUAAAAAGACACGUGAAACAGACACAAAUGACGAAUUAUAUCAAGCUAACGAGAGAAUAUAUAAAUUAACGAGAGCUUUUUGUAAAACGAGUGAAUGCGUUCGUAUCACGUUCGUAGGUGUCGUUGUUGUUUAUCGGAGCAUUAUUUUCCUUUCUAUCAUCAUUCCGUUCCAUUGUUUUCUCUCUUUCUCUCUCUCUCUCUCUCUCUCUCUCUCACACACACAUUCUCCCGCCCUUCUUCUUUACAGUAUCGAGGGCGGUGCUGGUUUAUUGUGUGAAAAUGAUGUAACUGAGAUCGUGUGUCCGCAUACCGAAGUAGAUGAAUGAAAAGAAAAUUGUUGUCGCUGUACACUUGUUUGAGAGAGAGAGAGAGAGAAAAAAAAAAUAUUGCUAAUGAAAAUUUCGAUAUUGAGACAUGGAAUUCGUAAAAAAUGGAGAAAGUGAAUGUACGAUUGUGAAAUUUGUUGGACGUUUGUUCGUGUUGUUUCAUCCAAUCAUUAUUCACUGUUCAUCCGUUUUCUCACGCUUUAAAAAUCCCGUGCGCAAGUGUGUUUGUGCUCAUGUAUGCAAGAGAGAGAGAGAGAGAGAGAAGAAGAGCGAAACGGCGAGGACACGUCAACACGCAUUUUGAAAAAUUGGUCUAAUAACGAAGCCCCGAAUGAGCCAUCAUCGACUUUCGGUUACUCGAUUAUUAUAAACGACUUACCGCUUCCACAUCGUGUGCCAAUCACCCUCGUGUUUUUAACGAUUUCAUCAAUAUUUCCAAUAACGAGAGACACUUCAAAAUUUCGACUCGAGAAGAGAAAACGAAAUAUUUUGCGAACCGCUAAUUUACCAAUGUUCAGUUAAACAGACAUUUUCAAAAAUAAAUCUUUCGAUUCUGACCAAAAAAAACUUUUUUUCUAAAUUUUGAAUCUCAACGACCCGUAAAAUCACGCAUUACCGAGUAAAAAUCAUUAUUUUCGUAUUAUUUUCCGAAGGGUAAAAAACAUUUAAAAAAAAAAAAAAAAAUGAGAAUGAAAUAUGAAAAGCGUAUGAAAAAUAAAAAAGUAAAAUAUUAAAAAACGCAUGUUGACGAAGCUCUCCGAUCGGACCGAUGUAACGUGAACUGAAUAAUGCAGCAUCGGGUUAUAAUUAAUUAUUGUACAUAUAUAUAGUAUUUUUACAUUCUAAUUCUAAAUUCCAUUUUCCGAUUCUAAAUGGUACCAUUAUUCUGUGUGCUUCGCCUCUGUCAUCUCUUUCAUCACUCGUAAAAAUCAACUUGAGUGUUCGCGUCUCGAUAUAACUGUAUGCAUGUUUUACUUUACAAAGUGAGAAGGAUUCAGGUGAAAAACAAGAAGAAGGAAGAAGAAAAUAAUAAUAAUCAUAAUAAUAAUAAUAAUAAUAAUAAAAACGAUCAAACGUGUGGAUAAGUCGACUUGAAAAACUCACGCGAACACUGACCCACAGAAACACGCAUUUAAAAACACGAGAAUUUUAUUGCGACAGCGGCGUUAUGAAAAAGGGAAAAAGUAUAGAGACAAAGAAAGUGUGAAGAAAAAUUUGUGUUUCGUCAUGUUUUUCACGACGAUAAUAUUUGAUAGUUCGAUCAAUUUAUAUACGAACCCGGAGGGCACUGUAAGAGAAUUCAACGAGAGUGCGUCGCAUCAAUCGAGAGGUCCAUUUUUUUAUGAACAAACAAAACGAAACGAAAAUAAUGAAAAAAAAAUAAAUAAAUAAAAACAAAACAAAAAUUAACCAUACGAAUAAUAAGGAUAAACAAAGAAACAAACGACAAACACAGCCUGAGAAUUAAAAUGUUUUUUCUAAACGUUAAAUACUUUCCAAACUGCCAAUUAAUUCCUGCCUCGUUUAUCUUUUUGUAAAAACACUCGAGAAGCAUUUAAUAAUACUACAAGAUUUGAGAUACAUGUGGCGCCGGUAGCAGGACGGCGGGGCGGGGGGGGGGGGGGGGGGGAGAGAGGUGCGACAGCUGUUCGCAAAUCGAUUAAAAUGUUUCAUCCACUGAUUUCCUGCCUGUGUGAAUUCCUUCGCGCGGAUUUUUAAUAUUUACGGAAGCGAAACGUCGCGUCGUGGUACGUUUGUAAAAGGAGCAUAAAAGCGAAUAAAAAAAGAGGAGACGCCAGAGACGAGAACGAAGAGCGGAAAGAAACGUAGCGAACGGAUGAUUUCGGGAUAUGUCGAGAACCCAACCGCGGCAAAAAUUAAUAAGCGACAAAAGAGAAACGAAUUUUUUCGUGUGAAUUUACGAACGCCUGGAGACAGAGUGAAGCUCAGCACACUAGUCCUUAAUAAUAUUUAAAAACGACGACAAAAAUAAAUUUAAAAAAAUAAUAAUUACGAAAGAAAGAAUACGAAGAAAAAACCAAAGGGAGACGAGAGCAAAUGACGUAGCGUUUAAGGGAUCUCCAUCACAUGUACACACACGAUUGCGUGUCUCUAUAAGGACAUUAAAAACCCACACACACACACACACACACACACACACACACACACACACACACACACACGCACACACACCCACACACAAGUACAUUAAUGAUUCAAUCAUUGUAAAUUAGGUAAAAGGAAAAAAAACAAAAAACGAUUAAGCAUUAAACGGAUAGGUAAGAAGUAAGGACACUCAUCACAUUAAAUGUAUUAUUUUUAUCAUCGUUCGAUUAUAUAUAUAUAUAUAUAUGAAAGCAAAAAAGUAAAGAAACAUUUCUUCAUUCAUUACUUCCUCAAUUCUUCAGUUCGUUUUUUUUUUACAGCCAUAAUAUUAAUCAUAGAGACAUUUUGUCGGUUAGCGAACAUGCAAUUAUGUAUAUGUAUAUUAUUUACGUUUUGCAACUAUUAAACGUGAUUGUAAACUUAAAA